UUUUUCUGAGGUUUCUCCGAGCCUUGGCAAUGGCUCCAGGGUGACUUCUUGGGUCACUCCCGGUUCCCCGCUCUCCCGAAGCAGCUGACACGCGCCGGGGCGCGCGGUCCGAGCCGGGGAAAUGGGCCCGCGAGGCCGGCCCGCGCUCCUCUUCCUGAUCCUCUUGCGGACCGUGGCCACGCAGGGGCGACCGCCGCGGUCACACUCUCUGCGCUACCUCUUCAUGGGUGCCUCAGAGCCGGACCUUGGGCUCCCCCUGUUUGAGGCCUUGGGCUACGUGGACGACCAGCUGUUUGUGGCCUACAAUCACGAGAGUCGCCGUGCAGAGUCCCGCGCCCAGUGGGUUUUGGGUGGGGCAACCAACCAGCUGUGGCUGCAGCUGAGUCAGAGCCUGAAAGGGUGGGAUCACAUGUUCAUCGUUGACUUCUGGACCAUCAUGGACAACCACAACCACAGCAAGGUAAUGAAGCUGGGGAUGUUGCCAGAGUCCCACACCCUGCAGGUGAUCCUGGGCUGUGAGGUGCAAGAGGACAACAGCACCAGGGGGUUCUGGAAGUAUGGAUAUGAUGGGCAGGACCAUCUUGAAUUCUGCCUUGAGACACUGGAUUGGAGAGCAGCAGAGUCCAAGGCCGUGACUACCAAACUGGAGUGGGAAGUGAAUAAAAUUCGGGCCAAGAAGAACAAAGCUUAUCUCGAGAGGGACUGCCCUGAGCAGCUGCAGUGGUUGCUGGAGCUGGGGAGAGGGGUGCUGGACCGGCAAGGGUGUCUUCUUCCUCCAACCCAUAGAGGAAGGGAAGUGAAAGUUCUGGUCUUGCUGGCAAGGGUAGAAAGAUCCUCUCUCCAGAUCCUUCCUCCUUCCUGUCCAGUGCCUCCUUUGGUGAAGGUGACUCAUCAUGUGGCCUCUGCAGUGACCUUUCUACGGUGUCAGGCUCUGAACUUCUACCCCCAGAACAUCACCGUGAGGUGGUUGAAGGACAGGCAGCCAGUGGAUGCCAAGGAUGCCGAGUCUGAGGACGUGCUGCCCAAUGGGGACGGGACCUACCAGACCUGGGUGGCUUUGGCUGUGACCCCUGGGGAAGAACAGAGAUACACCUGCCAGGUGGAGCACCCAGGCCUGGAUCAGCCCCUCACUGCAACCUGGGAGCCCUCACUGUCUAACACACUGGCCAUUGGAGUCAUCAGUGUGAUUGCUGUUUGUGUCAUCAUCUUCUUUACUGGAAUUUUGUUCAGAAUCUUAAGGAGAAGGCAAGCUUCAAGAGGAGCCACGGGGGACUACGUCUUAGCUGAAUGUGAGUGAAGUGCAGCCAGCAGACCGCUCGUGGGGAGGACACAUAAUUCGAGACUCAGAGAGGGUGUGCUUGUGGUGUUCUUCAUGUUUCAGGACAGAGUUGGACCGAACAAUUGGGAAGUGUCCCAGGAACUUGCUGCUCUUUGCUUUCCCUAUUCAUUCUCAAAAAGUUUCCCCCAUUUAAGUUUUUGAGUUCCUGCAUGCUAAGGAGCCCCAGCUGUGACCUUCCCCCAAGAACUGGCUCUCAUGGAUCUUGAGCUGCAUCUAGAGCCUGCCUUCAUUUCCUGCAUCAUCUCAGACUCCAUACAGCUACAUCAGCUCCUCUCCUACCUCUGGAAUAGGGCUCCUUAAAUUUAGGGGACUUUUAACAUCUGAGAAAAGCUAUGGACCUUCUCCUUGGUACAUACGCUCUCACACCCUGACCUGAAGUUUGCACACCCAUCCAGGCAUUUCCUAGACCCACUCAAGUUUCCUUUUAAUCCUCACUCCCUCUGUUAUCCAGUAACUCAUCUGUCACCAAACCCUGUGGUCUCUUCCAUCAGAGGGUGAUCUGGGCAUUGUACAACUGUGAAGGCUGUGCACUGCACAACCCGAGGAGGCACAUUUCCCAGAAGAGGCAUCAAGGACGUUUGUGUGUAUUAUGAUAGUUUUCCAGAAAGUGAGUGGGAAGUGUCUUAAGGAGAGGUGUCUUUUUCUAAUUUGCACAAAGGUGUCAGAUAAGUUUCUUUAGAUUAUGCUUGCAUUUAUAAUAUCUGUCUGGUAUGCCAGACUGGAAGUAGCACAGUAAUUUUCUACUUGGUCUCUGCCGACCCUGUCUCCUUGUUCCGAUAAUUAAAAUGAUAAUAAGGAUGAUGAUGAUAAUGAUAAGGUGGCUGACACUUAUUAAAAAAAAAAAGGACUUACUUGGUGCCAGACUUAGUUCUGAGCACCUACUGACAUGCAUCAUCUCAUGCAGUUCUUAUAAUAAUUCUUUGAUAUAAGUACAGAUCUUCUUCGACUUACAAUGAGGUUGCAUCCCAGUAAAGCCAUCGUUCCACUGAAAAUAUAGUCAGCCAAAAACGCAUUUAAUAUACCAACGUAUUGAACAUCAGAGCUUAGCCUAGCCUACCUUAAAUGUGCUCAGAACACUUACGUUAGCUUAUAGUUGGGCAAACUCAUCUAACACAAAGCCUAUUUUAUAAUAUAGUGCUGAAUAUCUCGUGUAAUUUAUUGAAUAGUGUAAUGAAAGUGACAAACAGAAUGGUUGUCUGGGCACAGAAUGGUUGUGAGUGUAUCGGUCGUUCACUGUCAUGCUGGCGUGGCUGACUGGGAGCUGCAGCUCAGGUGCCACUGCCCAGCAUCCCGAGAGAGGACCGUACCACGUGGCGCUAGCCCACGAAAAGAUGAAGUAUGGUUUCUACUGAAUGCGUAUUGCUUUUGCACCAUUGUAAAAUCAAAAAAUCAUAAUUUGAAGCAUCAUAAGUCAAGGACUUUCUGUACUAUUCUCCUCACUGCUUUUUUAGAUGAAGAAAGUGAAGUAUAGACUAUCUCACAGUUUGCUGGGGAUAGAGAUAAGUUUCGAACUCGGUCAGUCUGACUCUGAUCCACCUUGCACGCCACCAUGUUCAGCAGGCUUAGAUGCCUGGAGUAAGGCAGGAGGGAGGAGAUGGCUGGAGAGAGAGCUCUUCUCCUGGAUCCUUGUUUUUAUUCUCAGUGGGUUUGACCCAAAUGAAGGGAAAACAGCAGAAAACAAUCUCAGCCAUGUUUCCUUUCAAAGUCCCUGUGGGAAGCAGCCCAGAAUGUGACUCCUCUUGUCCUCUGUUGCCACCGCCAGCCUGCUCUCCCUGGCACCUCUCUUAGGCCCCAGGCCAGGACUGUGAUUGCUGGUGUCAGUUAGUGGCUGUGUUGGACCUGACAGUGUCCUCCCUCCACCAGGGCCUCUGGUGGCAUUUCCCUCCAUGAACUGGAGCAACCUUUCCCAUAUUAAAGGUGGAAAAACGGAAGCCAUCAAGUGGCCUGGAGGGUACCCCAGGCAUGUUCCUGGGUUCCCUGGGAGUCUGGCUCUCAUCCCCAACUGUGCACAUUAAAAAAAAUUAAUCUAACCAGGUCACUCAGGAAUUAAUAGAUUCUUGGAAAGUAAUUCAUCUGAUCAUGUUCAAAAGAAAACUAACUUACGCACUUGCAGGGUAUGUGCCGGCUUUAUGCUGCUCCAUACAUUUGGUUGCAUAACUGUGGUACUAGACAUGCUGUCUCAGAGGGCAGACACCUCAAGAAACCAAAUACUGCACAAAAGUUUGUCUAGUAGGUCUUGAAUUUGGGCAAAGUGAUCUCAACUAUUUUUUUAAACUUUUCUUUUUUUCUGGUUACAAAAGUUAAGUGGAUGAAAAUACCUAUAAUUUGUGCUUACCAUAGAAAAGUUGAAAAUUAAUUCAAUUGAAACUUAUUCCAUUAACCAGUGAUAGACUCUAUUAACAAUUUGUGUAUUUCCUCUUAGUAUUAUUUGUUUAUUAAAAUAUGGAAAAUUAACAAAUACAUAUAUUUUAAUAAAUGCACAAUUGGAUUGUGUACUGCAUGAUUUUUCUGAUGUACUUGUCCAUCUUAUGUAUAUACUUAAUCGACUUAAUCAUUAUGUCAUUUUGCUUCUAAUUUUUUAUGUUUUAUUUUAUGGAAUAUUUUCAUUAAACAAUGGUAGCUGAA